UGCUAUCUUGACCCUGGCCAAAGUACCUGCAAUGAUCUGCAACAUUGACAGUGGGGUUCAUCGCGCACGAACUUAUUUAUGCACGACACCUUCCUAACUUGGCAAAGCGAUGGUCAACCACUUCGUGGCUCUCUCAAGAGUAUGUCUGGCGGACAGCCAACUCCACCAAUUAGCCUCAGCUCAAAUUUGUCACUUGGUGUUUUUGUUAUCUCAUCGCCAGCAUGGGAGCAUGGGAGCAUGGGAGCACCGCAUCCACAAGCCUACUCGCAUCCCAGUAGCCGUAAGGAUGUGAUCAGACUAGAGGUCUGAUUCAAAAUGGCUACUGCACAUUAUGACGAAGAGCGGCAUUUAUAGGAGCAAGGGACGUUCGUAUAAAGGGUCUACUGACGUAGAACGGGUCGUUGUGUUUCUGGGCUCGAGGACUAGUCAUCACUUCCACUUGAUUUGCAGAGGAAACGAUUGAUCGCCAGCAUGAAGUCGGUUCUCCGUGCAGUGGCCUGUACGGCUCUGUGGCUCGGCGGAGUCCACGGUGUCUUUCCACCCACAGGACAGGUGCCACCGAUGACCCUCACCGAAGCAGAGGAGGCUACCUUGCUGGAUUCUGCCGUAACGCUUGUGGGCAACGGCACCUUUGAGCAGCCGAUUGACCACGCGCACCCGUCCAAAGGGUCGUUUUCUACUUCAUACUGGUUUAACGCGACAAACUGGAAAGGGCCUGGUUCUCCCGUGAUUGUCUUCACACCGGGCGAAGCUCCAGCUGCGGGCUAUACUGGAUACUUGACGGAGCGUACCCUUAGUGGCAUGAUUGCGGCUGCAGUUGGUGGAGCUGUCAUCAUGGUUGAGCAUCGUUACUGGGGGAGUUCCAGCCCAUGCACAAAUCAGACUACGACGUGUUUACAACAUCUUACACUUGAGCAGUCUGUCAACGACUUUGUCAAUUUCGCGCAGAAUGCACCCUUGCCAUUCGAUACAGCUAACACCAGCAGCGCUGAUCAAGCGCCAUGGAUUUGGGUAGGUGGCUCAUAUUCCGGGGCCCUGGCUGCAUGGAUCGAAGAGUUGUCUCCCGGAACCUUUUGGGCGUACCAUUCAACUAGUGGCCCGGUAGAGGUCAUCUACGACUAUUGGCAGUACUUCCAACCGAUUCAACAGGGUAUGCCAAAGAACUGUAGUCUGGAUUAUGAAGCCAUUGUCGAUCAUAUAGAUACUGUCUUCACUAAAGGCACGGAAGAAGAAAAGAUUGCUCUCAAGGCAAUGUUCUUGCUUGAAGACGUUGCCCAUGACGACGACGCCGCUGUCGCCAUAUCGUCCCCAAUUUGGGCAUGGCAGAGCAUUCAGUUCUACUCCGGUUACUCUUCCUUCUAUCAGAUGUGCGACGCAAUCGAGGGCGUCAUCCCGAACAACACCGGUAAUUACACCAACUAUAGCGCCAGAGGAGUUGGAUUGAACAAAGCCUUGCCAAACUUUGCUGCUUGGUACAGAACAGAAUAUAUUCCUGGUUAUUGCGCCUCCUAUGGCUAUGAUGACUGGUCUGGCGAUUACAAUGUGCAGUGCUGGGAUUCAUACAACACCUCCAUGCAAAUCUUCCAUGAUUGGUCAGUCGACAGCCCAAACGGCCGAACUUGGGUUUGGAUGACGUGUAACGAACCGCUAUUUUAUUGGCAAACCGGUGCACCGAGCAAUGUUCCCACGGUGAUGACGCGCCUAGCAACCCCGGAAUACUAUGAUCGUCAAUGCGGUCUCUAUUUCCCUCGUGAAGGGCGCAAUACUUAUGGGAGCAACAGAGGCCUCACUGCGGAUUCCGUGAACAGGCGAACAAAAGGCUGGUACAAUACCGACCUCCCGCGGCUCCUAUACGUGAAUGGAGAGGCCGACCCAUGGCGGUCCGCUUCAGUAGCUUCCGAGUUCAGGCCUGGCGGUCCAUUCAACGGAACAUCAGAGACUCCUGCCAUUAUAAUGGAAGGGGCUAGACACUGUAACGAUCUGCUUCAAAAGAACUCCGUCCACCCAUCUGUAGCGGCUGCGCAGGCAGCUGCGAUCAGCCAGUUUGAGGAGUGGGUUGGUGAGUAUCCUGCGGCGGCAUAGUGUGUCGUUGCUGGUGGAAAUGAUAGCAAAGGAUUUAAUAAUAGAAGCAAUUAUUAGUACUGUUAAUUCAAGACUGGCAAGGUAUUUGGCAUACACAAAGACAUCAAUUGAUAGGUGUAGAGACUGUAGUGAGACGAUUGCAGUCGAACGAAUGAACAUGAUUAAGAGUUUGAUGGGAAUAUUGAAGUGUUGCAGCGUGUUUGACCAAAGUAUGGCUUAUGAACGGUG